CCAAGUCUCAUUAUGGAACAGGUUCGCUCUCUACUGCCCCAGCUAGAUCUCAAACUCGCUUCCGUACUUCUUGUGGCGGCACCGCUCUUUGCAUGGGCUGUUCCUUUUCUCGUCGACAAGCAUGGCUUAAUGGCAUUUCCUGGACCUCUGCUGGCCAAGUUCUCCAGCCUCUGGUUCGCUUUGAAAGCGUACAAAGGCACGACGUCGCUUACGGUUCAUGCACUGCACGAAAGAUACGGACCCUUCGUUCGUCUUUCGCCCCAACAUGUUUCCAUUGCCGAUCCUGAAGCACUACGAGCGAUCUAUGGUCACUCCUCCGGCACACUCAAGACGGAGCUCUACGACGCUUUCGUAACUUUCUUCCUAGCCCGAAAGCGGAAAUACACAGCUCAUGCCAUGUCUGUGAAGGGCAUAAUGCAGUUCGAACCGAAUGUACGUGAGCAUCAGCAGAUGCUCGUGAAGCGCUUGGACACUUUAUGUACCGUCGGAGCGCAAGGUGUGGAUGGUGUUCUCGGAUCAUGCCCCUGGGCGGCCAGAGACGGUUGGGUCUGGUUCGACUGCAUGCCAUGGUUUAAUUUUGAGACAUUCGACAUCAUCGGAGAUCUUGCUUUCGGCGCAUCCUUCGGCAUGCUGGAAGCAGGGAAGGACACUGCGCCUGUGCCGGUAUACACGGACCAGGCCAUGAAAUCCUAUGGUCAAAAGGACACAGACCUCGAAUGGUCGACAGCUCCAGCAGUACAGAUUCUCAAUGAGGCCAUACCUUGGUUCUUCUUCCUCGGCUGCCUUCCGCCUCAGGCUCGCCGACUGGUGUCUACACUCCAGUCGUUCAAUGCCGGAGGGUCCCGCAACCUCAUCGGAAAGAUCGCUGUCGCCGCUGUAUCCAAACGUCUAACCUCCGAAGUUACAAGAAGAGAUUUCCUUUCCCAUCUCGUCGCGGCUCAUGACGACCAGGGCAGGCCGCUUAGUCAGCAAGAGUUGACAUCUGAGGCUAUAAGCCUCAUCGUCGCCGGUUCUGACACUACCUCUACAUCCAUUGCUGCCAUCACCUAUCACGUCGCGCGGACUCAGGACGUCCAAGCAAAACUUCAAGAAGAGCUAGACGAUGCUCUCGGGGUUCCAGACGCUAGCUCCAAUGCCGAUAAUGUCGUCGCACCCUUUGAUCUCGUCAAGAACCUCGCGUAUCUCCAGGACGUUAUCAACGAGGGUCUUCGCCUCCAUUCCACCAUUGGCGUCGGCUUACCCCGCGAGGUCCCUGAAGAAGGAUUGACAGUCGCAGGAAAGGCCCUCUUGCCCGGCACGCAUGUCAGCUGCCCUUUGUACACGCUGCACAGGCUGAAAUCAAUCUGGGGCGACGACGCGGACGAGUUCAACCCCGAUCGCUGGGCUCGAGGUGACAGGAAAGCCAUGCUCAAGUAUUUCGCCCCCUUUUCGACGGGCCCCAGGGCUUGCGUGGGCAGGAACCUGGCGACGAUGGAGAUGACGAUCUGUAUCGCCACCAUAUUCCAUCGCUACCGCGUUGUCCUCGCCAGUCCCGACCAGCAGCUCGAGUGUCAUGAAGGGCUCGUGCGCAAGCCAAACAGCGUCCCUGUCGGUAUGCGGCGCCGGGUUUGAUGGCCUUAUCAGUCGUGGGCGUUGAACCUUGCGGAAUUUUCACGUCCGAGUCUAUUGCAGACCUGGCCCUAGCAGUAGUGGCUAUCGACACAAUGCUAGUGCUCUUUUUCGCACGCUUUCUCCGGCACCUCUUACUGUUGCCCACGAGGAAAAG